UGCAGCCGGGCCGUUUUGACAGUGACACCAGCAAAACGCUGUCCCUACUUUGGCUUGUUAGAGCUAGGUCGGGGGUCCUGAGAGCCGCCAAGUGAAAGGAGCAACGGGUGAAAUCGUGAAGUGACAAACAUAGCGCCAUACCGUGUGCGGGAACGAACAGGAGCUAGGGGGUUUCCUGCUUUGACAGGACAGGGUACAGGGACACAGAAAGAGGCUGGCGCAAGCGGAGACUAAUAUAUAACCAGGGGUCCGAGAAGGGAGGGGGCUGAGCGGGAUAAGCACAAACCUGCCUGGUCCCAAAAAAAAAAAAAAAAGACUCAAAGGUCACCUGGAAAGACAACAAAACAUUGACAUUUACCCCUGGGGAGGGAAAUAGGUGCCCCGGCGGGAUCAGAACAGGCAGAAGGACAGUAAAGUGAUGGAAAACCUCCCAUGAUUACUUGUGAGAAGAGAAACCGGGGCAUCUCAAUGGUGGCAUGCUGUGAGGGGCCCGGGAUUCCCCAGGGUAACCGUUCUCUAUGAAGUAAUGUGAUGGCUUGCCUCACAAUGACUGAAAUGAACAUAACCACAGCCCCUCCUGUCCACGCUAGCGAGGAACAUAAUUCGAAUGCGAGUGUGCCAAAGCAGAGCGACGCGGGAUUCUCCAUCCGUCUGUACCACAGCGUGGGGAAGGAGAAUGGAGACUGCCUGCAAUUGCCACCAGGGGAGUACGUGGCUGAAGAGAUAUGUAUCACAGCUGCUAAAGCCUGCGGGGUGACACCUGUGUAUUGCAGCCUCUUUGCAUUAAUGAAUGAGACAGACCGAAUAUACUUUUCCCCCAACCAGGCAUUUCUGGUGGAAGAAACAACAAAACAAAAUCUGAUCUUUCGAAUAAGGUUUUAUUUUCCCCAUUGGUAUGGAAGCGGAAGCUGCAGAGCCUUUCGACACGGGGUUACAAAAGGAUCUGAGAGUCCUGUUCUUGAUGACUCUGUCAUGUCAUACUUGUUUGCCCAGUGGAGAGAUGACUUUGUCAAUGGCUGGAUCGAGGUACCUGUCACACAUGAAGCGCAAGAGGAAUGCCUUGGAAUGGCAGUUCUGGACAUGAUGCGCAUGGCCAGUGAAAAACAGCAAAGCCCACUAGACAUCUACAAUGCCAUCAGCUACAAGAAAUUUUUACCCAAGUGUAUUCGAGCAAAAAUCCAGGACUACCACAUUUUGACUCGCAAAAGAAUUAAGUAUAGGUUCCGCAAGUUUAUUCAACAGUUCAGCCAAUGUAAAGCUACUGCCAGAGACUUAAAACUGAAGUAUCUCAUUAAUCUUGAGACCCUUCAGUCAGACUUCUAUUCGGAACACUUUGAAGUAAAGGAGCCAGGCAAGGAGGGCGGAGGGGAAGAGAUUUUUGCGACCAUAGUGGUUUCCGCAAAUAACGGCAUCCAGCUGUCAAGAGGGAAAUCGAAAGAGAGAAGAGCACUCACUGACCAGGAUCUGCAGAGUUAUUGCGAUUUCCCAGAGAUUGUAGACAUCAGCAUCAAACAAGCGAGCAACGACGAAUCCACCGAGAGCAGGGUUGUUACCAUCAACAAACUAGACAGCAAGAUUCUGGAGGUGGAAUUUUCUUCAUUAAAGGAAGCCCUCUCGUUUGUGUCACUUGUUGAUGGGUAUUACAGAUUGACGGCAGAUGCACACCAUUAUCUUUGUAAGGAGGUAGUCUCCCCCAGAGUGCUGGAGUGCAUUCAGAGCCACUGCCAUGGCCCUGUUUCAAUGGAAUUUGCCAUCAAUAAACUGAAGAAAGCAGGAAGCCAGAGAGGACUUUUUAUUCUUCGAUGUUGCCCUAAAGAAUAUAAUAAGUAUUACCUUACAUUUGCUAUAGAGCGCCUUGGUGUACCUGAAUUCAAGCAUGGUUUGAUAACCAAAAACGGAAACAGUGAAUACAACUUAAGAGGCGCUAAAAAAAGUUUUGGCACGCUCAAGGAGUUACUAAGCUGCUACCAGAAAGAAACUGUACGCUUAGAUGGCAUCAUAUUUCAGUUCAGCCGAUGUUGUCCCCCAAAACUAAAAGAGAACUCCAAUCUAAUUAUUUUCAGAAGUAAUAGUGACUCUGAGGUUUCUGCGUCACCCACGUUACAGAGGCACAAUAAUAUAAAUCAAAUGGUGUUUCACAAAAUCAGGAACGAGGAUUUGACUUUUAUGGAGAAUCUGGGACAGGGAACCUUCACUAAAAUUUUCAGAGGGAAACGGGAGGAAAUGGGAGACUACAACAAGAUUUAUGAGACCGAAGUUCUUCUCAAGGUCCUGGACAAGAGUCACAGGAACUUCUCUGAGGCCUUCUUUGAAGCAGCAAGUAUGAUGAGCCAGCUGUCUUACAAACAUUUAAUUUUGAAUUAUGGAGUCUGUGUUUGUGGGGAAGAGAGUAUUCUAGUCCAAGAAUAUGCAAAAUUUGGGUCAUUGGAUACAUAUUUGUUAAAAAACAGAAAUUCGGUCAAUAUUAUGUGGAAGCUAGAAGUUUCUAAACAACUGGCGUGGGCCAUGCAAUUUCUCGAGGACAGGAACCUUGUGCAUGGAAAUGUUUGCUCAAAGAACAUCCUACUGAUCAGAGAAGAAGACAGGAAAACCGGCAAUCCCGCCUUUAUCAAGCUCAGCGACCCCGGCAUAAGCCUUACAGUCCUGUCUAGAGAAAUUCUCUUGGAGAGGAUUCCUUGGAUUGCUCCCGAAUGCAUUGAGAAUUCAAAACAUCUAAAUCCAUCUUCGGACAAGUGGAGUUUUGGCACCACCAUAUGGGAGAUAUGCAGUGGUGGAGAGAAGCCGCUUAAUGCUCUGGAUUCCCAAAGAAAACUACAGUUUUAUGAAGAUCGACAUCAGCUUCCUGCACCAAAAUGGAUAGAGCUUGCAAAUUUAAUACACAGCUGUAUGGACUAUGAGCCAGACUUCCGUCCUUCAUUCAGAGCAGUUAUAAGGGAACUUAACAGCCUGUUCACUCCCGAUUAUGAACUAUUGGCAGAAAAUGACUUGCUUCCCAACAUGAGGAUUGGUACUUUUGGCUUCUCUGGAGCGUUUGAAGACCGGGAUCCAACCAAUUUUGAAGAAAGGCAUCUGAAAUUCUUACAGCAGCUUGGCAAGGGUAAUUUUGGAAGUGUUGAACUGUGCCGUUAUGACCCCUUACAAGACAAUACCGGUGAGGUUGUAGCUGUUAAAAAGCUCCAGCACACUACUGAAGAGUACCUGAGGGACUUUGAAAGAGAAAUUGAAAUUCUAAAAUCCCUCCAACAUGAAAACAUUGUCAGAUAUAAGGGUGUAUGUUAUAGCGCAGGACGUCGAAAUCUUAGAUUGAUUAUGGAAUAUCUGCCGUAUGGAAGCUUGCGGGACUACUUGCAGAAACACAAAGAAAGACUGGACUUCAAAAAGCUCUUGCAGUAUUCAACGCAGAUCUGCAAGGGCAUGGAAUAUCUUACAGUGAAAAGAUACAUCCACCGAGAUUUGGCUACCAGGAAUAUCCUGGUGGAGAAUGAAAGCAGAGUGAAAAUUGGUGACUUUGGAUUAACAAAAGUAUUGCCCCAGGAUAAAGAAUAUUAUAAAGUCAAGGAUCCGGGGGAAAGUCCAAUUUUCUGGUAUGCCCCAGAGUCUCUGUCUGAGAGCAGAUUUUCUGUGGCUUCAGAUGUGUGGAGUUUCGGGGUUGUGCUGUAUGAGCUCUUCACAUACAGUGAGAAGAAUAAGAGCCCUCCUUCGGAGUUCAUGCGAAUGGUUGGAAGUGAUAAACAAGGACAGAUGAUUGUGUUUCACUUGAUAGAGCUUUUGAAGAACAACGGGAGACUGCCACAGCCUGAUGGCUGUCCGUCUGAGAUUUACUCCAUCAUGAAAGAAUGCUGGAAUAAUAAUAUCAGCCAACGGCCUUCAUUUAAAGAUCUUACAAUACAAGUUGAUCGGCUAAGAGAGCACAUGGGAGGAUGAGUCUACCCUCUGUAGAGCUACGUGACCAUGGACCUCGCUGAGCCACAGAGAUGGACGGUGCAUAGCUCCACGUCUGUGGAGACAAAUUCAUGCUGUGUGGAUUCCGCUUUGGAAUGAGAGUGCAAAAGACACACUUGUACAUUUUACGAAAGUCCAAUUUACUUUGCAACGAAGACUACCAAAAGCUAAUUUUUAAGCAAAACUUUUCCUCCAGUUGCUUAAAGUUUGCUAUACAGAGGGCACAGAAGGUGUCCUGAAGAUGAAGAAUAUAUUUUCUUAACCGAGAAGAGAAAAUGUUAACACUGCGACAAUAUAUCGUGUUUCCACAUGGGGGCAGUGUGGAGCAAGACAAACUUUAAUUGUGUUUCUAUUAACACUGUUUAGCAUAAAUUAGCAUUGGUGUAGUUUGUGCAAGUAUUAAGUUACUUGCCAUCAAGUUUUUGGUUUUAAAGGGCUUUUGUUGAUCUUAACAUAUAUUUAUAGAAUGUAAACAUUUUUUUUUGUUCUAUGUAAAUUUGCACAUGAACAAGAUCGUUUGCUAAUUUGUAAACAAAACUUUGUGCCUGUCCAUUUGUACAGACUGCCUGCUUGUUUUGUAUUAUACAGACAUGUUACAUGAUAAAGGGAUCAAAUAUAUAUUGCUGAGUAUCUUCAUAGUUCCACAAGUGCUUUUUGAUGUGCUUUUAAAGCAGGGCAAGCAUAUAUUGGUAAACAUAUUCACCUGGUGUUUUGAUUUAAGUAAUCAAAUGUAUGUGGGACAUUUUGUCAUCUGUAGGCCUCAGACGGGUUUAGGAACUUGCAACACUUCUGAUUAUUAGUUAAAAUAUAGGAUUUUAAACCUUACCUCUCCAUGCUGUACCAAUGUGUCUCAAAACCAUCACGUCCUCCUUUACACUACUCUCGUGAUUAGUGAUCAGGAGAGGGCUGGCUACCUUCUGACCAAAUGAUAUAGCAGCCUGCAAUAGGCUCGCUUAGUAGUAUUAGCCAACACACUUUUGCUCAAAUGACACUGUAUAAAAUGAAGCACUGAGCCGACGGAUUUGGGGUGUGAAUGAUCGCCAAAGUUCUUGAAAGUUUAGACUCCCUGGAGGCAAUAAUAAAAUAUAGAAAGCAAAA